AUGGGCUUGAGCUCUGUCAUCCUUCACCUCUCCUACAAAUUCAGGCUGCUGCUGAUCUUCAUCUUGUGCAUGAUGGUGGUAGCAUGGGCCACCUCCAGUUACCUUGUGGACACUGUACAGGAGACUCCCAAAGCAAAGAGCUUGGUGGAGAAUUUCAGGAAGACUACCAUGCUGGAGAAGGAGAAUCAGAAAAAGAAGGCCGUGUCAACUGUGGAAGUUCAUACAGUGAAGUCCACCAUGAGUCACUGCCCUGCUCUCUCUCCCUACCUGCAGGGCCCCAGCAAGCUCAAGUUCAAAGCAUCUCUCACAUUGGAAGAGGUACAGAAGGAGAACCCUCAGGUCGCAAAAGGCCGGCAUCGCCCUGCAGAGUGCUCAGCACUGCAACGAGUGGCCAUCCUGAUCCCACACCGCAAUCGAGAGAAGCACCUUUUGUACCUGCUGGAGCACCUCCACCCAUUCCUACAGAGACAGCAACUGGACUAUGGUAUCUAUGUCAUCCACCAGGCUGGCAAUACCAAGUUUAACCGAGCUAAACUGCUGAAUGUAGGAUACCUGGAGGCCCUGAAGGAGGAAAACUGGGACUGUUUCAUUUUCCAUGAUGUGGACCUGGUGCCAGAGAAUGACUUUAAUAUGUACACGUGUGACAAACAACCAAAGCACCUUGUAGUUGGCAGGAACAACACUGGGUACAGGUUGCGUUACCAGGGAUAUUUUGGGGGAGUAACUGCUCUAACAAGGGAUCAGUUUUCCAAGGUGAAUGGAUUCUCUAACAAUUACUGGGGCUGGGGUGCAGAAGACGACGACCUCCGAAUCAGGGUUGAGAUGCAGAAGAUGAGGGUGAUGCGGCCAUCCCCUGAUGUAGGAAAGUAUACUAUGAUCUUCCACACAAGAGACAGAGGCAAUGAGGCAAAUGGAGAAAGGAUGAAACUCUUGCAGCAGGUGUCCCGAGUGUGGAAAACAGAUGGGCUGAACUCCUGUUCCUAUAAACUGCUCUCGGUGGAGCACAACCCUUUGUACAUUAACGUCACAGUGGAUUUCAGCAUGCCACCCAAGAUCUCGUAA